UGUAAACCUCCGAUCGAGGAGCCAGAAAUGACCAGCGUCUUCAGAACACCUGAGUUGUCUGCGUGUAAAAAUCACAGUCGGCUGCACCGUUUUUUCAUUAGACUUCAGACCAAACAUAAAGUGACACACGUUGACUCCGGUUUGAUUAGUGACUCUGGAAAAUACCUGACAUCUUUAAGACAGAGACAAAUGAAGACCGUUUGUUUUGUGCUUCUCUUCGUAUCUCUUGUGUUUGGUGAUACAGGCGAAGAGAAGUCAGUGAUGGAGGGAGAAAAUAUUACUCUACCUUCUGAUGUUAAACAACCAAAUGAAACAGUGCUGUGGUAUUUUGAAGACACUCGCAUAGCUCUGAUCAAUGGAGAGCCCAGUACUAGUUGUCUGUAUUAUGGUAAAGGUGAGAUAUUCAGAGACAGACUGGAUGUGGACUAUAAGACUGGAUCUCUGAUCAUCACAGACAUCAGAUCUGAACACGCUGGACGUUAUGAGACAGAGAUCAUUAGAGGCAACAGCACAGGCAAAAGUGUACCUUUGAACAGAAAGAGCAACUGUGACAGCACAAACAUCAACAAUAAAAGCAGCAACAAUAGCAACACCAUAAAAACAUUCAAUGUGCAUGUCAAUGGUCCAGGUCUGUCUCCAGCUGUGGUAGCAGGGAUUGUUGUUGGUGUUCUGCUGGUGGCUGCAGCUGUUGUUGUUGUUGUUGGUGUGAUUUACUAUCGCCGCAAGAACUCCAGAAAUGCAGGCAGGAGGAACAAUGAAGAGGUUCUGCAAGAAGAUGAAGAAAGAUGUCUGUUCGUACUGAACAGCUUUGCCUUAACAUCCUACACCUGA